AUGUCUGUACCUCUGUCUCCUCUGACAUCGUCGCGUCAAAACUCGCGAUUGAAUUGGCCUAAAUCGCCCAAGUUCGCGAAAGGACAGGGGAGUAUUGAUGAGAUGUUGGACGCUGAUGAAUACCCCGAAAACAUCUAUUCGAGUCCAUUCAAGAUCGACCCUCAGGCGCAGGAGUCUCAGACAGAGGACGACGAUGGUCAAUCCAUGGCAGAAGUGCCGAGUUCGCCGUUCCAGUACGAUGGCCGAGACGAUACUGUCGACUUUAACAUGCUGCGACAACAACAGAGGCAAACAUCGCUAGCACCCAGUGAGCACUCUGCGACGCCUCGGAAACGAUCCUACGAAUAUGCGCCGGAUGACCAGGAUGGGCGCGACGACAUGGAUUUUGGCGGACGGUACAAAAGGGGGAACCGAAGGGAUGAAUCAGAGAUCGACAUCCAUGCCGAUGAGGAUGUGAGUUUCCUGAACGGGCAGAAAGCGACCGACUAUGCUGGACAACAAGAGGCGGGAAGCAAUAGCAUGAUGGAAGAGAAGCACAAUGAAGGCAUGAGCACUGUGCUUCAAGGCGACGGCGCUUCUGAUGAGAAGGAGAACAACGGUGACGCUGACGACGAUGCUAUGACUGAUGACGAAUUUCACGACUCGAUUGAUGAUACUCACCUGAGUACUUUCUCUGCGGUUCCCAAUGCGGACAUGACAUCGUUUGCGAAUCUGCGGAGAGAGUCGCCCACCAGGGCCAUGCGAAAUUAUAACCCGGCACUGGAGCCGGGGACGCCCAGUCAGGCCCAAAUGUCGAACCGAAGGAGUACGUUGAUAGACCUGGAUACGCCGGCUGCUUCGCCAUCGCCCAGGCGGAGGGAACAUAGAGACUACGGAAACCCCAGUGGCACACCUAAAAUCCUGGAUCUCAUAGAUCAGCCCGGUCUCUCGCCACGUCCACAGUAUAGCGUGCAGAAUGUGCGUUACUCUCCCGAGCGGCGGUCACCUUUGAGAAUGGCACGCGAGUCCAUGCGCUCCCCCGGUAAAGCGUCGUUGCUGGACUUUGACCUUCCUCCACCCCCAACCCCCCGAUCUAUUCCUACGGUGAGUCCUCGUGAACUUGAGUCUCUGAAAUCCAAUUUCAUGUCGGAGAUCUCUUCGCUCAAGGCGACCCUAAGUGGGAGGGAAGCCGAAGUAUCCAGUCUAAAGCAGGCAGUAGCAGACGCUGAGCGGCGCGUUGGAGAAGCCAUGGAGCAAGUCCGCAACGAAGCGGCAAGGAAAGAUGAACUGGAGAUUGAACAGGCCGAAUGGCAGCGACGAGGAGAGGAGAUGGAGUCUGUGCUGCGCGAAGUCAAGGCGGAUAUCGUGGAAGGAGAGCAUGAAAAGGCGCGGCUGGUGAAGAAAGUGGACGAGGUCGAGAAGAGCAAGGAGCAGCUAGAGGGCCGGAUGGUGGAAUUGGAAAGCCAACUGGAGGCUGCUCGGAAGGCGGCUGAAGCAAAACCCCCUUCGUCCCUUGAUUUUCCUACGGGAGCAUCUACGGCUAGUAGCAAUACUAAAACAGGAGAGGAGACUGCCCGCGAAGUCCAGGAAGCCGUCGAGAAGGUGGCCCGGGAGCUCCAUACGCUGUACAAGGGCAAGCACGAGACCAAAGUUGCCGCAUUGAAGAAAAGCUACGAGUCCCGGUGGGAGAAGCGCGUUCGGGAAGCCGAGAACAAACUGAAGGGUGUGCAGGAGGAGAACCAGCGGGUGAAAGAGGAAUAUGAGAAGACGGCAGCUACCGAGACAACCACCAACCGCGAGGAGAUCGCCAACCUGGUGGCCCGUGCCAAUGAAGAGCACGAAGCCGAGAAGCGGGUGUUGGAGGCCCAGAUCAAAGGACUACAGCAGGAGAUGGCGGCGCUACGGGAGGAUCGGAAACGGCUCCAGGGAGAUUUGGAGAUGGAACGAGCGGAAAAGGGAGAGCUGGUGGCUGCAGUUGACGAAUGGCUGGCCAUCCAACAACCCGGUCAGCAGCCUUCUGAACCUGCUGAACUUGCUGAACCUGCCGAACCUGUCGAACACACUGAAGGUACCACCAGUCCGUAUGAUGCGGCAUCACUGGAACCCACGCGGAGGCCAUCGGCGGAACCGGUGAUGGAGGAUUUCCAGCGGAGGGUGAGCGAGAGUCACAGUACUAGUGCCAGCAGCAGUACAAGUGGAUUACGACCACCCAGCGCCACGGGGUCGAGUGGUGGGGUCGAAAGGGAGAAGCGAAAGGCAAUUCCUAAGAUUGGGGUAAAGACGCCACGGGGAAAUAGUGGGGGGAAGUCCGGGAUAGCAGUGUUUACGCCAGGACGGAGUGGGAUUAUGGGAUCCAUUGAGCGGAUGGGACGGGGGAUUUAG